AUGACUUUGGAAACGAUUUCAGCAGUGACAAUUAAGGCGUAUUGUGACAUACCUCACCUCUUCCAAACAAAUAGGUUAUGGAAAGAUAUUGAUCCUUCUCAAUUUUCAAUUAAAGGUUAUGAUGGGAAAAUUUUAUUAUGCUUAAGCACUGAUUUGAAUGCUAAUAAUUUUAAGUUCUCCCAUAGUAGUUAUAAGAUUGAAAAUGAUAUCGUUUCAAUGCCAGUUUUAAAUAAGAAUGUAUCAUUCCAGUCAGCUGCGCAUGCUGCAGUACCACUCAUAAUUGAUGACGGUGUGCAUUUCUCUCGAGAUGACUUAAUUGAGAAAUUAAAACCGGAAUUAAUUAAAUUAGCAAUUGAAUUCGAUGUAGAGAUAAUUGUAACAGAAAAAUCAGUUUACGAAAGAGAUGAAACAGAAAUAACAAACGCAAUUAUUUAUAUAAACAUUGUUGGAUUGAUAUCAAGAGUUCAGAAUUGUGAACUUCAUACUACUAUUCUAGUACAAUUAGUGCAGAAUAAAAUUGCAAAUACGCCUCUAUUUAUUGAAAGUCUGGACAUUGAGUCUUCAUCUCUUAUCCCAUUCUGCAUUGGUGUUGAUAUGACAAAUAUCAAACAUUUAGCUUCAGUUUAUAAAACUGAUAUUCAUAUACCCACAUUGUUAAAUGACGAUGAUAUGAGUUUGUUCGCACCGCAAGUAUUUUUUUCCAGCAGAAUACACUCGUUAGCUUCUGAAGCUAAACAUGAAAUGUCCCAAUACAUUGAGAAAUUAAAAGAAAAUAUCUACUAUAGGAGCUUAACUUCCUUGUCACCUGGAAAAUUAUUAUACAUUAAGACAUAUUACCAAGAAGAAAUAUUUAAAUUGAUGAUCAAGUAUAAUACUUACAUAAAGAUAACGGAUGAUAGCGUUAAAUUUCAAUCCUCAUCUAAUGAAUUUCUAGCUAUAGUCAUAAAAUUAUUCACCACAUCGAUUUUACAUGAAAUUGUUGAGGUUCAAAUGAUAUUGGAUGGGCCAUUUGAAUUUACUGACGAUAAUAUACUUAAUGAACUGCAUUAUAGUGACAAAUCACAUAUUGUAUUUAUGCGCAAUACCUCAAAUCUAUCACAACUAGUAGUAAUUGGUAGUAACUCUCAUAAUGUGAAAUCAACGAAACUCAAUGAAAAACAUCAGUUACUUCAGUUUUUAACAACAGUGUUUGAGAAUGAGAAAGUAAAUUCUAAUCUAGUGCAACUUAGAGCUAUAUUCGAGAUCCAUCCGGAUUACGAAGAGUUUAUUUCAGGGAAAAAAAAUGGUAAAUUGACAAGAAUAAUGGAGGGAGCAGAAUGUUUAUUAGAAUUAAAAAUGACUGAAAAUGAUGAUAAUAUUAAUCUCUUCCUAUUAACCAACACUUAUAAAGAGUUUUUACGAUCAUACAUUCAAGUAAUGGAUGAAUUACCUGCAGAAAAGUCCUUUUUUAUCCCUGAAGUUUACCAUCGUCCAGUUAUUGGUGCCGGUGGUUCCCUAAUUCAAACAACGAUGAGAAAACAUAAUGUAUUCAUUCAAUUUUCUAAUAGUUUUCUGUUACCACGUAGUGAAUUUUCACAUUUAAGAUAUGAUAAUGUCAUUAUCAGAUGCCCUACAAAAAGUGAAAGUAAUAUAAUUCAUGCCAAACAAGAAUUAAAUGUUUUGGCACAGAAUUAUGGAUCCACUCAGUCGAAAAGUUUGGUUAACUUAUCUGCAGGUCAAUAUCGCUACAUUUUAAAGACAUCUCCAGAAGUCAUAGGUCAAAUUGAAAAAAGUAAAAAUGUAUAUAUACUAUUUCCAUUUGAACAACCUGGCUCUGAGUUUCUUUUAGAAAUCAGAGGAACUUUUGAAAAUUCCGAAGCAGCUGCAAGAGAGUUGAUUGAUCAAGCUUUUGGAGGAGAAAUAAUAUUUGAUUUGGAAACUACUAUAAAAGAUGAAAAUGAUUUCUAUAACUCUGUCAUAAUUCCAUUCAAUAGAGUAUACAAUAUUAUCAUUACAUUGCAGAAAAACCAUGUCACAUUGACAUAUAAUAAAAAUAAUAGUCUUCUGGAGAAAUGUAUUGAAGAGCUUGAAAAAUACUUUUUGAAUAAUAAAUUAAAAAUCACUAAACGUGAACAGAUUAAAGAUUUUAUACAUAUCCCGCCUAUGGAACUCCAAGAUAUGACAUUAGCUGAAGAUUUGAAAGGAACACAAAUGUAUUAUCACAAUUACAAUAAGAAUCAAUAUACGAAUAGAGACUCUGUUCCUGACGAAAUCCAAAAUACUAAAUCUUAUAUACAAUACCCAUAUUAUAGAUACGGUUAUGGCUAUUAG